AUUGCUUCCCUUGGGAAGGAAUUUAACGGUUUCCAGAACAAGGUCUUCAGAAGUCAGGCCUUGGAGACCCUACUUGCUCUAAGCCAGGCUCAGGGAGACAGAUAUCUGUCAGGGUCUGGUCCAGCCAGCCAUGGCCUCUGUUAAAGUCCAGGCCUCAUGUCUGGCUGACCGUUGCACCCUUGUCCACCGCUCACUGGCCAGGGAGGGCUCCACAGCUUCCCAGGCACGUGAAGAAGGCAGGCCUGCAGACUCGGGGCUCAGGGCUGUUCCUGAGGCGUCUGGAGGCCCGCCCUGUGGAUCCAGCACUUCAGAGCGACCUCCCGGUCCCGCCUCCCGGAUGUACCCGUAGUCCGCAGUCCUCACCCGGAGUUGCGGUUGCUGCUCUGCAGAACCUCGUGACCAGGAAGAAAAGAAACUAGGGACAAUGAGGUUCCUUUUCUUCCUGUUCGUUGCUGUUGUUCACCUUUUCUCCUUGGGCUCUGGAAAAGCUAUAUACAAGAGUGGUGUUUCUCAGCGAACAUUUCAAGAAAUAAAAGAAGAAAUAGCCAACUAUGAAGAUGUUGCUAAAGCAAUUAUCAACCUUGCUGUUUAUGGAAAAUACCAGAACCGGUCGUAUGAGCGUUUGGGACUUCUAGUUGAUACUGUUGGACCCAGACUGAGUGGCUCUAAGAACCUAGAGAAAGCUAUCCAAAUCAUGUACCAAAACCUGCAACAAGAUGGGCUGGAAAACGUCCACCUGGAGCAGGUCAGAAUACCUCACUGGGAGAGGGGCGAAGAAUCUGCAGUGAUGGUGGUGCCUCGAAUUCACAAGUUGGCUAUUUUAGGCCUUGGCGGCAGCAUUGGGACUCCUCCUGAAGGUAUCACAGCAGAAGUACUCGUGGUGGCCUCUUUUGUUGAACUUCAAAGAAGGGCAUCAGAGGCAAGAGGGAAGAUUGUUGUUUAUAACCAGCCUUACACUGACUAUGGGAAAACUGUGCAGUACCGGGAGCGCGGAGCUGUGGAAGCUGCCAAGGUGGGGGCCGUGGCAUCCCUCAUCCGAUCAGUAGCUUCUUUUUCCAUCUACAGUCCUCACACAGGUCAUCAAGGAUAUCAAGAUGGUGUGCCCAAGAUUCCAACAGCCUGUAUCACAAUAGAAGAUGCAGAAAUGAUGUCUCGAAUGGCUUCUCGUGGGGACAAAAUUGUCAUUCAUCUGAAAAUGGGAGCAAAGACCUAUCCAGAUACAGAUUCCUUCAACACUGUUGCAGAGAUCACUGGGAGCAAGUAUCCAGAGGAAGUUGUCCUGGUCAGUGGACAUCUGGACAGCUGGGACGUCGGGCAGGGUGCACUGGAUGAUGGCGGUGGAGCCUUCAUAUCAUGGGAAGCACUCUCACUUGUUAAAGAUCUUGGGCUGCGUCCAAAGAGGACUCUGCGCUUGGUGCUCUGGACCGCAGAAGAACAAGGAGGGGUUGGUGCCUCCCAGUAUUAUGAGCUACAUAAGGCAAAUAUUUCCAAGUACAGUUUGGUGAUGGAGGCUGACUCAGGAACCUUCUUACCCACUGGGCUGCAGUUCACCGGCAGUGACAAGGCCAGGGCUAUCAUGAAGGAAGUCAUGAGUCUCCUGCAACCCCUCAAUAUCACCAAGGUCUUUAAUGAUGCAGAAGGAACUGACAUUAACUUCUGGAUCCAAGCUGGAGUGCCUGGUCUCCCAAUGGGAAACACACAGCAGCCUGAGAUUUCCUACCUACAUCACUGACAGAUCAAAUUGGAGACCACCGUAAAGGGAGCAAGAUUUUGCCAGAUACUUUUCAGUGAUCUCUUCUUCUGCCAUGGGCCCAUCUGGAUCCCAAAUACUGGGUAAUUUUUGAAAGUCUUGUCACCAGCUACCUGUGGUCCCCAACACCCUUCUUCAAGAAUAACAAAGGUACUCAUGAUGUCUUGGUGUGGUCAUCAGUGUGCUCUCCCAGAGGGCAGCAGCAUCUUGACCCCUGUAGGAAAUUGGGGAAUGAAGGAUGGCAUUCAAGAUGGAGGAGGUAAAAAACAGCUGCAGAACAGCAAGGGAAGGAAGAAUCCAUGGCCUUCCUGGGGUCUGAAAUAGAUGUUUGUAUCAGGUGUCUGUCUGGUGUUUGGUGUCCUGCCUAGCAAAAUGCCUGGUAGGUCUACAUCUCCAUGGUUACACAGCCCAGCUUGUCAAAUAUUACUGAACUUUCAAGGAGUAUGAAAACAGCAGGCAAAUUGAGCCUUUUUGCUAGACCAGAAAGUCAAUAUUGGAAUUUUGACUUUCUUUACUCCAGCUCCGAGAAACGGCUGGCCUUGUUGGUGCCAGGGCCUAGCUUUUUUUCCCUCUACAGUGAAAGGACAGACAAGUGAUGGCCUAUGCUCCUGAAGACUGUUCCUCAUCAUUGGACAUUAUAAGAUGCUACAUGGCUCUGUCAUGAAGUCAUUACCAUGCAUUUAAAGCUUUUGCCUCAAUAUGUUUUACUCCACAGAGGGUGGCUCCUCACAGGUCACCACCCAGCCUCACAGGAGCUAUAGUUUGCAAACCACUUGCACUGACUGUUCAGUGAAUUCUAAACUUGAAAUGACUGUUUGAGAAGAAAGGCAGAAGAAAAUUUAGUAACUUGCAGAGUCAGCACCAAAAGGCCACAGCACGAGCUUAAGUUUUUGUCUGCUCUAUGACCCAACACACCAAUAUCAGAACAGCUCGCUUUCUCUCUCUCUCUCUCUCUCUCUCUCUCUCUCUCUCUCUCUCUCUCUCUCUCUCUCUCUCUCUGUGUGUGUGUACACAAAUUGUAUAUAAAAAAUCUUUUUCUUGGCAAAGUCAACCCCACUUUUAGUCCUUGUAUAAGUGAACAGCUUUGAGUACUGUUGUAAAUCCCAGUAGUAAGACUGAGGACCCUGGAAUAACAUCAGAAAAAUCAAACAAACCAGAAGAUGAUGAUUUUUCUGUGUUUGUCUUAAGAGUUUGGAACUCUGGUUGAUGGAAACAGCACAAUUUAAAAUAAAAAUAUCCAGGCCUAGCCAAGUGACACAUCUGGUGAAGGGCAAAGGAGAACACCCACCAUUUCAUUGCAGUGUCACAAGCACAGGCAUCUGGACAUGUCUACCCUGGGAAGUUUGGGAAGCACCAUUCCAGUAACUCUGUGAGAGCUAGAUGAUGAAUUUCAUAACUGAAAUCUGGUCCAGAAUAAAGUCUGAAUGAUAGUACAAAGUCAUAACAAUCAAUCCUAAUCAAGGACCAUUAAUCCAACCACUGCUCUGAAGCUGUCCUAGAUGAUUAUCUCCUCAUAUUUUGAUUCUUGGAGCAAAAAACUCUUAAACUCCCUUGAAUAAUAUUAUAUUAAUAGACAUGGCCUUGUUAAGUUCAAAGUCAGUCUGGCUGCAUAAAGAAACCUUGUCUCAAAAAUGCAAAAAUAAACAAAUGAAUGAAAAAGGCAUUUUAUCAAACAUGUAAGGUGCCUAGCUAGAGACACCAUUUGUACAAUCCUUAAAUGUCUGUGGUCACCACGAUUCGCUGAUACAGACACAUAGGCACUGUGUUUAGCUGUACAUUCUCCAAGCCUUCCUCUCAAGCUUCCACCCAUUGGGUCUGAGUCAUGGCAUGGGGAUUCUCAGUUCAAUACAUUCAGCAUGGGAUACUUGUGGGACCACUUGAAAAGCAGGGCAAAUGCCUUUUGUCUACGAAGACCCUUAGAGUGAGGGAAAGCAUGCGCAAAUCAUUAUAGUCCAUUAAGGACAGACUUUGGGAAUAGUUUAGUGGAUGUGGCCAUGUAGUCCAGGCUACAUUGUUAUGAAGACACCUGAAACAACUUAAAAGAAGGAUGGUUUGGGCUCCCAGUUCAGACACUUCAGGCCAUUGUCCACAAGUUUCACUGUGUUGCUGCUUCGAGAAGGCAGCCUGUCAGGCAACAGAAGCAUUUGAUAGAGGAUGCCAAUCACCUCACUGUGACUAGUUUGCAAGAGCAGACAGGAAGGGAGCAAGGCAAAGUACACCCUUUAAAGAUACAUCCCAAGUGACCCACUUCUUCCAACCAGGCCCCUGCUUCUAAAAUUCCAUUCAUUGACAACUUAUCAAUGGACUAACCUAUGAAUGAGGCCAGUGUCCUAAUUACUCAAUCACCUAUCAAUGACUGUAUCCUCUGUAUGUGAACCAAACCUUCAAUAUCAUUUUGGAGAAAAUACCUUCCACAAACCAGAACAGUGGUAAAAACAAAGAAACAAGCAAGAACAAUAGGUAAUCAAGUUCUUACUCCAUGGACAAUGCUGAGCCAAGUGCUUUACUGGCCUUCUUUCCUCUAAUCAAUCCAUCUCCUUCCCUAGGAGACACAGAAGAGAUUCCCAAACUACUAAAGCAUUAUCAUUAAGAACAGACAUCAUUACAGUAUAUGAAACACAUCAAGGUUUCUCAAAAUAGCAGUUACAAUUAACAUCUAUUUCCUGAAAAAACAUAUUUUAUCAAGAAGCUGUCUGGUCAAUUUCCUUUGCUGGGUUUAUAGUAGCCAGCAAGAGCCACUGUCUUGCCGUUUAGUGUUUUGGAAGGCUUCCUGGGAGCCUUGGAGAGGUACAAGCUUGAAGCAAGAAAAUGUCAAGGUCCAGGUGUGUGAUGCCCCAUUUCUGCUUCUCUUCACUGUUUGCAGCACUCUUCCCAUAGUCUCUACUUGCUGGGCUGAAAACUGGGGUGGUAUGAUGCUACACACAGUGACCAGUUGUAUAUUGCCUCAAAGCCAGUCACCUGUACCCAAAGCCUACCUUUGAAGGUCCAUUCCAAUUUCCUAAAGGGAAGACUCCAGUUGUCUGAGCUUAUACAGGGCAGGUAAAGUUCUUUUGCGCUCUAGUUCAUCAUUUGCUCACAAUAUGUAAACUUUUCACAGAAAGUAACUCAUUAAAGGCUGAGGAGGUGUUCA